AGCCGGGUUCCGGCGGCGCUCACUGGCGCCGCUCGCCCCCCCCAACCCCGCUCGGCUAGAGCGCUCUGAACCCGGGCCGGACGGACCUGGGCACCGGCCCGACCCGCGGGGAGGGAGCUCGGGGCGCCGUGGACCCCCCGAGCCGGCCGAGGCAGCCAUGGGCUCCGUGGGGAGCCAGCGCCUCAAGGAGCCCAGUGUGGCAGGCACACCCGACAGGAGUAUGGGGACCAGCUUCAGCUUCGACAGCUUCCAGCUGGAGGGCACUUCAGCCAUGGUGGAGGCGACUCAGGACCAGGGCAUCAGGGCCAGGGCCAUUCCCUCCCUCAUGGACUCCGUGGUGGAGGAGCCGGUGCCCGAGGACCGCUACCACGCCAUCUACUUCGCCAUGCUGCUGGCCGGCGUGGGCUUCCUGCUGCCCUACAACAGCUUCAUCACCGACGUGGACUACCUGCACCACAAGUUCCCAGGGACCUCCAUUGUCUUCGACAUGAGCCUCACCUACAUCCUGGUGGCACUGGCAGCCGUGCUCCUCAACAACGUGCUAGUGGAGAGGCUGAGCCUGCACAGCAGGAUCACCACAGUGCAGCAAUCCAGCUUCUAUGGGUACACGGGAAUGCUGCCCAAGAGGUACACGCAAGGGGUGAUGACGGGGGAGAGCACGGCGGGGGUGAUGAUCUCCCUGAGCCGCAUCCUCACCAAGCUGCUGCUGCCAGAUGAGCGGGCCAGCACGCUCAUCUUCUUCCUGGUCUCCGUGGGCCUGGAGCUGCUGUGCUUCUUGCUGCACUUGCUGGUGCGGCGCAGCCGCUUUGUGCUCUAUUACACCACGCGGCCGAGCGACAGCUGCAGGGCGGGCUACCGCGUGCACCACGACGUCGCCACGGGAGACAUCCACUUCGAGCACCACGCCCCGGCCCUGGCCGGCAGUGGUUCCCCCAAGGACAGCCCGGCCCAUGAGGUGACCUGCGGCGGGGGCAGCGCCUACGUGCGCUUUGACGUCCCACGGGCGCGGGCGGAGCGGAGUUGGCCUAGCUUCCGAGCCCUCCUGCUGCACCGCUACGUGGUGGCGCGGGUCAUCUGGGCCGACAUGCUGUCCAUCGCGGUGACCUACUUCAUCACGCUGUGCCUGUUCCCCGGCCUGGAGUCGGAAAUCCGCCACUGCGUGCUGGGCGAGUGGCUGCCCAUCCUGGUCAUGGCCGUGUUCAACCUGUCGGACUUCGUGGGCAAGAUCCUGGCCGCCCUGCCCGUGGACUGGCGGGGUACCCACCUGCUAGCCUGCUCCUGCCUUCGUGUGGUCUUCAUCCCCCUCUUCAUCCUGUGCGUCUACCCCAGCGGGGCGCCUGCCCUCCGCCACCCGGCCUGGCCCUGCGUCUUCUCCCUGCUCAUGGGCAUCAGCAACGGCUACUUCGGCAGUGUGCCCAUGAUCCUGGCGGCCGGCAAAGUGAGCCCCCAGCAGCGAGAGCUGGCAGGGAACACCAUGACCGUGUCCUACAUGUCAGGGCUGACGCUGGGCUCCGCCGUGGCCUACUGUACCUACAGCCUCACCCGUGAUGCCCACAGCAGCUGCUUCCGAGCUGCCACCGCUGCCAACGGGUCCCUCCUCAUGGGGCCCUGAGCCCUGUCACCUUCCCCGCCUGGGGAGGCUGCUCUGGUGGCCGGGACCAGGCUCGAGGCCAACUGCCCGGCUGCCUGCAGUGCCUCAGGGCCCAAGCCAGCCUCCUCCUGUGCCAACGGCCCCAGCUCUCUGGAUGCAGCCAUCCGGCCACCUGGGCCACGUCUCUGUGACCCAGGGCCCUGCCCAGCACUGUGUCCCACACACCCUCUGCCACGUCUGUGUCCAGUGGCCCCGGCUCGAGUCAGGCCAGCCCUCAGUGGGCCCCCUGCCUGGGAUGACAGAGCAUGAGCAUCCCCGUCCGGGUGAGCCUGCUGCAGGGCCUGCUUCGAGGUCAACUUGGUCAUCAUCGCUGUCCUCGGCCCUAGGUGGGGGAAGACCCUCCGCCUGGCCCUCAGAGGAGUGGUGCAGUCCCCAGCCUGUCACCCUCGGGCCACCCAUCCUUGAGCACUGAACACAGGCGCCUGCUGAGGAAGGAUGGUGGCCCGACCUCAGUGUCCCCAGCGGUGGAGCUGGCCCAGGAACGUCCCCUACCCCAGGCCUGGGGCUCUGUCUGCUGGGCCCUGUUGCCUCUCCAGCUCCCCUCAGCCCAACAGGGGUAAGAGAGGGGGCUGAGUUUGGGGGCCACGAAGCAGUUACCCCAAGGUCACCUCAACCCAAGCUUGGCUUCCUCUCCACGCCCCAUCCGGUGGGGCUUCAGGGAGGGACAUGUGCCUGAGAGUCCAUGGGAAGUCGGGAGAGCUGGGGUCACUGCAGGCCACCAGGCAGACUCCAGGGCAUCCUGCCAAAGAAGGCUUUCCCAGGGACAGCGCCCAACCGUUGUCCCCAGCCCUAGCCGUGACCAUGCUGUCCCCUCACCUGUGUGUCCCGUCCCCCCAUGUCCUCUAACUGUACCGCACUGCCCAUUAAAAGACAGCGGCUGAGACUGCCCCA